AAACGGCAGCGUGUAGGUUGGCACCUUCAAAUGGUGGAACUAGAGAGCGACUACAGAGAGAUUUGCAAGGUGGUACUGUGCUUAACCCAAUCACGGUCCCUUGCGAAGGGUGUCCAACUCCAUGGCCACGUCAUCAAAUCAGGGUUGGAAAGCGUUCCACUGGUGUGCCACCACCUGAUCAACUUCUACUCCAAGUGCAACCUCCAACACUCUUCCCACAAACUCUUCGAAGAUUUCCCUCACAAAUCCGCGACCACGUGGAGCUCCCUCAUCUCCUCCUUCGCGCAGAACGACCUCCCCCUCCCCGCCCUCCGCUUCUUCCGCCGCAUGCUCCGCCACGCCCUCCGCCCCGACGACCAUACGCUCCCCACCGCCGCGAAGUCCGUCGCCGCCCUCUCCUCCCUCCCCCUGGCCCACUCCCUCCACGGCCUCGCGCUCAAAACCGCCCACCGCCCCGACGUCUUCGUCGGAAGCUCCCUGGUCGACAUGUACGCCAAAUGCGGCGACAUAAACUCGGCGCGCAAGGUGUUCGACGAAAUGCCUCACAGAAACGUCGUCUCCUGGAGCGGCAUGAUAUACGGGUACUCCCAAAUGGGGCUCCACGAGGAGGCCCUCACCCUCUUCAAGCACGCUUUGAAUGAAAACGUGGGUGUUAAUGAUUUCACGUUGUCUAGUGUGUUGAGGGUUUGUAGUGCCUCCACGUUGUUCGAGUUGGGGAAGCAAGUGCAUGGAUUGAGCUUUAAGACGAGUUUUGACUCGUCCUGCUUUGUGGCUAGUUCGUUAAUCUCGUUGUACUCUAAGUGCGGCGUUGUGGAAGGGGGGUACCGUGUUUUUGAGGAGGUUCGUGUUAGGAACCUCGGCAUGUGGAACGCGAUGUUGAUCGCGUGUGCUCAGCACGCGCACACGUGGAGAACGUUUGAGCUUUUUGAAGAAAUGAGCGUUGGGGGGAAUGUGAAACCUAAUUUCAUCACGUUUUUGUGUCUGCUUUAUGCAUGCAGCCAUGCAGGGUUGGUGGAGAGGGGGUGGCGUUAUUUCGCGUUGAUGCAGGAGCUUGGUAUUGAACCUGGUUCGCAGCAUUAUGCUACGUUGGUGGAUUUGCUUGGUCGUGCUGGGAAGUUGGAGGAAGCGGUAAAGGUGGUUGAGGAAAUGCCUGUGGAGCCCACGGAAUCUGUUUGGGGGGCUUUGUUGACGGGGUGUAGGAUUCAUGGGAACGCUGAAUUGGCGUCGUUUGUGGCUGACAAGGUUUCUGAGAUGGGUGCUGUGAGUUCUGGGAUUCAGGUUUUGCUCUCGAAUGCUUAUGCUGCUGCGGGGAGAUGGGAGGAAGCGGCGAGAGCGAGGAAGAGGAUGAGGGAUGAGGGGAUAAAGAAGGAAACUGGGCUGAGUUGGGUGGAGGAAGGGAAUAGGGUUCAUACGUUUGCUGCUGGAGAUAGGUCUCAUGGGAAGACUUUGGAGAUUUAUGAGAAGUUGGAGGAGUUGGGUGAGGAAAUGGCGAAAGCUGGGUAUGUUGCAGAUACAUCUUUUGUGUUGAAAGAAGUGGAUGGGGAUGAGAAGAGUAUGAGUAUAAGGUAUCAUAGCGAAAGGUUAGCCAUUGCGUUUGGCCUUAUUACUUUCCCUCCGGAAAGGCCCAUCAGAGUAAUGAAGAACUUGAGGGUUUGUGGUGAUUGCCACACUGCCAUCAAGUUUAUUAGCAAGUGUACCGGAAGGGUGAUCAUUGUGAGGGACAAUAAUCGGUUCCACCGAUUUGAAGAUGGGAAAUGCACUUGUGGGGAUUAUUGGUGAUGUUAAGGUGCUGCGUGACAUGCGAGGGUCACUGAAAACAACAUAUACUACAAAAUCAUUCAUGAACCAUCUUAUUUUUGGCUACCUCACCACGUAUAAAAUCGUGGUAAUUUUGACACUUUUUGCCCUUUAUUUAUUUUUUGCUGUUGUUGCUAACAUGAUCCGAGGAAACAAGAGAAACCUAUAGUACUGUACUGUACUCAACAAAGAACUCCAAAAGCAAUUUGAAUCCCCCUGCUGGUUA